AAAAGAACCUCGCGGCAUAUGAGAUCGCCAUUGGCGCAUCGCACGGCAACCGGUCUAACGAAACAGUUUCGCCCGUGUGUGCGGCUGCUCGCGUAAAUGUUAAAACAAUUGGCCGCACCAUCCGCUCGCUUUCGAUUCAGUUAUUUUAGAUCCGGAGACUAGACAUAACGUGUAGCGCCACAGUGCCGACAAGCUCCGUCGUCGUUGUCGCUGAUAAUUGUGUACCGAGUGGAACCUGAGAGGUGUGUCUGUUUUUAGCAAAAUGGCUCUUCUGCGACUUGUUGCUACCGAGUGCCGCAAUGUGCUGCAACGUGGCUACAGCACAGCCUCCGUGCCGACCACGAAGAUGUUCAUCGAUGGCAAGUUCGUCGAGUCCAAGACGAACGAUUGGAUUGAUCUGCAUGAUCCUGCCACGAACGAGGUGGUGACGCGCGUUCCCAAAUGCACUCAGGACGAAAUGCAAACGGCGGUCGAAUCGUCCAAGAAGGCAUUUAAGACCUGGCGCCAAUCGUCCAUCCUGAGCAGACAACAGGUAAUGUUCAAACUGCAGCACAUUAUCCGCAACAACAUGUCGGAGCUGGCGAAAAACAUCACCAAGGAGCAGGGCAAAACACUGAUCGAUGCGGAAGGAGACGUUCUGCGUGGAUUGCAGGUCGUGGAGCACUGCUGCAGCAUCACAUCGCUGCAGAUGGGCGAAACGGUGCCCAACAUUGCGAAGGACAUGGAUACGUACUCGUACACGCUGCCGCUGGGUGUAACGGCCGGUGUUGCACCGUUCAACUUCCCCGCGAUGAUUCCGCUGUGGAUGUUCCCGGUGGCGAUCACAUGCGGUAACACGAGCAUCAUUAAGCCGUCGGAACGUGUCCCGGGUGCUACGAUGCUGCUGAUGGAGAUGCUGAACGAAGCAGGUUGUCCGCCCGGUGUAGUGAAUGUCAUUCACGGUGCCCAUGAUGCGGUUAACUUUGUCUGCGACAAUCCAGAUAUCAGAGCCGUGUCGUUUGUCGGUUCCGACCAGGCGGGCAAGUACAUUUACGAACGUGCGGGACGUAACGGCAAGCGUGUACAGUGUAAUAUGGGUGCGAAGAACCAUGGCGUAAUUAUGGCCGAUGCUAACAAAGAGAACACACUGAAUCAGCUGGCCGGUGCCGCGUUCGGUGCGGCCGGACAACGCUGCAUGGCUCUCUCGACGGCGGUAUUUGUUGGUGAGGCAAAGAACUGGAUUCCCGAUCUGGUGGAGCGCGCACGCAAAUUGAAGGUCAAUGCGGGUCACGUGCCCGGUACGGAUGUUGGACCGGUAAUUUCGCCACAGUCGAAACAGCGCAUCCACGAGCUGGUAGAGUCGGGCGCCAAGGAGGGUGCAAAGAUCGUGCUGGACGGACGCGACAUUAAGGUGGACAGCUAUGCGAACGGUAACUUUGUCGGACCGACCAUUAUUAGCGACGUGAAGACGAAUAUGAGGUGCUACACGGAAGAAAUCUUUGGCCCCGUGCUGGUGUGUCUGUCCGUCGACACGAUCGACGAAGCGAUUGAGCUAAUCAACAACAACCCGUACGGUAAUGGAACGGCCAUCUUCACCACCAACGGUGCCACAGCACGCAAGUUCGUAAACGAUAUCGAUGUCGGACAGGUUGGUGUGAACGUACCGAUUCCGGUUCCGUUGCCAAUGUUCUCAUUCACGGGUAGCCGAGGCAGCUUCCUGGGCGAUUGUCACUUUUACGGCAAGCAAGGCAUCAAGUUCUACACGCAGACGAAAACCGUCACUCAGCUGUGGCGUGAGGGUGAUGUGAGCCACACCAAGGCAGCCGUUGCCAUGCCAACGAUGAAGUAAUGAAACACGCGUAUGCGUACGUAUUUUGCGCCAUUAUUAUCAACAGCACAACGCGAGAACCAGUGCCCGUGCCCGAUAACGACAACGAACGUCUUCCAGAUAAAGUGCAUUUAAAAUGAUUAGUUUUUAUAAAACAAAUCAAACUAGUGAAAUAAAGAUGCCCGUAAUGCUUUGCUCUUAACAA